AUGGUUGCUGAUGCUUUGAAAUCAUUUUCCACCAAUGUUGGAUCGCAUAUAAAGGAUGCCUAUAAAACCACCGAAUCAGAAGUGACCCAUUUCUCCCAUACUUUCAAGGAUAAAGUCACAUUCUACCAUAGAGAUUAUGAUCAAGAUGAUGAACUAGUAAAGAAUUACAAGCAUGAGAUUAAACAAGCAAGACUGGGUCUUGGUCAUCUUAUUUCACAAACGAAUCAAGUUUACAAACGAUUGAUACCUCAUAUGAUGUCAUUGAAUAUUAAAGUUGUACGUGAUUUUCAAUCACUAAUUGGCCCUGACUCAUUACAAUUUAAAGAUAUUGAGAAAUACUAUCACGAGUUUGAUUUGUUUCAAGCAGAGCAAGAAGUGCCACACGUCCAUCCUAAGGAGAGACAGUUUUCAAUCGAAGGUGUUAAUGAGCAAUUGUUUCAGUACAUGCAAUCAACAUUUGCACUCAAGUACGAACUAGAAGGUGAAUGCAUUGAAUUUCUAGACUCCACUGUACCCAAAAUCCAAUCAAUGAAAAAGAGGUUGAAAGAGACUUUGAAAUUAAUCAAGAGGAGAGAUCGUAAACGUGAUGAUCAAGACAGAUUAGAGAGAAAAAUUGACAAACUAAAUCAAAAGAAACCACCAUUGACUGAAAAAGAAGAAGCCAAUUUGACAAAGCUUCAACGUGAAUUUGAAGAGGUAGACAUUGAAUUCAAAGUAUUGAAUGAUAAAACAACAACCAUUUUACCGCAUAUAAUGUCAUUUUUGGACGAAUUUCUUGAAUCUAUAACACAGUUGCUCAUCCUAAAACAGGAAAGCAUUUAUGGUAGAAUUGUGAAGAGUUUCAAAUACUUUGCUACUUUUUAUGGCUUGAUUUAUGAGGAAGUUCCCACUUAUGAGGAGAUUUUAAACCAAUGGGAACUGGACAUAACUUCUACCAGAUUACAGAUUGAAUCAUUUAUCACCAUUUUACAAAACUCAAAGGCUGAUUUGUUAAAUGUGGAAAUCGAUGAUGAGGACAAGUCACUGAAGACAUACAAGUUUUAUCACAAGUUGUCCAAUAAAAUAUUUGAUAAAACUCAUACGGUAAAGCCGAAAGACUUGGCGGCUGGUAUGUUUAAUGAUACUACCGAAGCUGAUCCAAUCGUAGCGUUUGAAAAGUAUAACAACCCACAGGCCAAUCAAGCGGAGUCGUACCACCCAAGAAAGAUAUUAGGUAUCGAUGAUGUUGUUGUGGAGAAAACUGUCGGCUUUCAACCAGAACUCCCCCCUCGACCAGCACUUGCUUCAUUUAAGUCUAUGCAACAGACCACACAAGCAUCAUCUCGAGUGUAUUACUCACAAAGUGCGGCCAAUUCAAUGGAAUCGUUGUCGUUGAAUAGUGAUGAUGAUACAGUUAUAUCCGACUCGUCCCUGGUUAGUUCGGUACCCACUCAUUCAUUAUCAGGAUAUACAAAUGGAGAUAUUUCCGUAGACAAGGAGUUGCGGAAAAUAUACAAUGCCGCCAAGAAUGAGAUCAAAGUGGCACCAACACUUUUAUCCGAUUUUAAAAUUACACCUGAAGCCGAAACUCCUACAUCAAAAUUAACUGAUGCUCACAAACUCGCGUUACUUGAUCAUUUUUACCACAAAUUGGACUCCUUAAAACGAACUACCAAGAUUGCCAAGUACGAUUUUGUUGGGGUUGAAGUAGGCGAUUUAUCUUUCAAAAAGGGUGACACUAUUGAAAUUGUAUUUGAUUUGCAAAAUGUCGAUACGUUGUACCAGCAAAACAAUCUAAACUGGUUAGUUGCAAUAAUUCCACAAGAGGAUAACGAAGAUUAUAGAAUAGGGUUCGUACCUAAUAAUUACGUGUAA